UCGACAGCGCCCUUCAGGCAUCCUCUCAGAGGCGCAGAAUCAAUAAUCUUUGCAGCGGUUUUGGCCUGCAAUAUGAGUCACAAGACAUGGAUAUUCUCACGCGCCUGAUCGCAGGCUCCGGCACGUCACCGACCAAACAAAGAACCAACACACCUGCUGAGCGUCUUGCUACAUGCAAAAGCAUCUGCAAUGCACUUACUGUAGGCCUGCGGAAGAUCUAUCCAUGUUCCAGCUGACCGUCCUAGCAAACCUGGCGAGGUGGUGCCGUUGAGCGCGAGGAGGAUGCGGCAUUGACCAACACUACGAAACUUCUUCAACGUCUCGAAAACAUCCUCCACGAUGAAUCCCGACGAGCUGCUCCGCAUUCCUGUCUGCGUUAUGUCGCAUCGAGCCAAAGCUACAUCAUCAUCACGAAACUGGCCGUGUCCUCUCGAAACACCGAUAUCAUCAAAGUUUCCGCCCAGCUGUUCCACAUCCUAAUCAACGGUGAGGCCGAGGGUUUACUGGAUAGCAAAUUGUUCACUCGGUCUCUACUGGACCUCGUUUGCUAUGCUACAAUAGGAGGGCAAGUCAUUGUCGAAGAGCGUCUGGAAACAGACUUGGUUGAACUACUUUUCGAGAUUGCCACAAAGAUCAGGUUGGAACCAGACAUCCUUCCAGCUUGGUUCUAUCCGGAUCGAGAGAAUACACGUGGCCGAAAUGGCAUUGACGAAACUAGGAGAAGUCAAUUCCCGUUGUUUUUUGUGCUGGUGCAGUACGUUCACCACGACGGCCCAGUGGGCGACUUCGCAAGGACGGCACUGCUCUACCUGACCGAAACUGCCUCUAGAUUCAAACCCCUGGAGACAUGGAUGAUCGAAAGCGAUCUGGCACCACAAAUGGCUAGUGGUCUCGGUGCUCUGUAUAGCAGGUUGAGCAGACAGUCAACAUCAUUAGCUGGUCGGUCUUCGAAGCUCGCCAUCGUCACUUUGUCCGACUAUCCAGAGACAGUGGAUUCGUUGGCGGAAUUGCCACGGGAUUCUCAGCAAGCCAUCAAAGCCUUUUUCUCAUAUCUGGCAUUCUGGCAAGACACACUGAAUCACUGCAAAUCACUCGAGGUCAGCGAUACCUUGUUAGAUCACUUCCAAGUGCUUUUCGUGCAACAGCUCCUCUAUCCCUCGCUGUUAGAGUCAUCCGAUGUUGAAGGCGGCUCAACAGCUGCAGUCAUUGCCCAUUUAUCUCGCAUGCUUCUGGCAGUAGAUCACUACCAGCUCAUUGAUCGAAUGUUGGGCUACCUCCUCGCAUCCCCAAAUACCCCGAGAGUUUCCAGGGACAAAUCUCAUCGACGACAACGGAUGUCUGUCAGUCGCAGUAAAUCCAUCGAACAGUUGAAGGCACUUUCUGAAAUCGCCGAUAGCCCUUCUCCGAAUCUAUUCAACCUGCUGGAUCUGCUGGUGAUGAGCCUGAAGUCUAGUCACUCGGAAACAGUCAACGCUUGUCUGAAGUUAUUGUCAGUUAUUAUUGGCAAACAUCACUGCCACGUACCAAGAAUUCUCUUUAGAACUGAGGCCGCCUCUACUCAACCAACACGAAGAAGUGUAGACGCACUGAACAACUACCUACAAAAAUUGUUUGAUUAUUCUGGGGCGAUCGCGAAAGAUGAGUUAGACAAGGAACUAGACCAAUCCUACCAGAACGCCUUGCUGGAUGGCCAGGUUCUGCUCGAGCAGCAUAGUUGCUUCGUCACACCCCCAGCAGACGCUGACUUGGUCAACGGGCACAGUAUGACUAUUGCACCCGAAUGCAAACUAUUCGAGGCUCUCACACAGCUCUUGCGCAACUUCUUUGCAAAUGAUUCUGUCACGAACUUAUACCUCACUGAAGCCUUGGUGGCCCUGACUGCUUGCGAAUAUAUGGACCUCAACAACUGGUUAUUACCCGGAAAGCAGGGUCGGCUAGAGGAAAAUUCUGAGUACAAUAUCACGUUCAUCCUGAGCGAGCUUGCGGACCAAGUCAGGCAGUGGAAAUCGCAGUUCCCUCAAUGGGACGAGCUGAUAUCUAUUCGACGACACGAAUUAUCAGAAGACACACCAGAUCGACCACCAAAUCCAAGAACCUUCUCAGGCCCGUCCGCUGAAUCCGUGAGCAGACCAAGAAGCAUCUCGCCGUCCAAACCUAUAUCCAAGCCGCCGUCGAGGCCGACUACUCCUAGAGGCAGACAAAUCCCGACCACUGAGUUUGGCUCCAUAGACAGUAAGAUUUCAAGGUCUGACAGCCAUCGAACAAUUCUCACCGAACGUGCUUUGGGCCGGUCACCUCUUCGCCAAGCACUGCGAACGGAUGAAACAGAUGGCGUAACGGCAGCCCCUGAAGCGGGCCGGUCCAUAACGCCCUCCACUACAUCGCUGCUGAGAACUCAAAUCGACAUCUACAACACGAAGACCCCUACUGAAGCCACAGCAUCUCUACCGGUUCAUGCAGGCAAGAAGCAGGAUCCUGAGACUGAAGCCCUGUCAUUGCGCCCACACCUAGCUCGAGGUCAAGAUUCGGGCACCGCCACCCCAAUCAGUCGAGAUGGCACGGAACCUCGGAACCAAGCCAGCCUGAACCAUAUAUUGACGAAUGCUGUAAUUCUACAGGAAUUCAUCCUUGAGAUCGCCGCGAUAGUACAAUUGCGCGCGACGUUCUUUGACGAAGUUUCCUUCGUAGGCAAAAGGGGUUGAAUACUGCCGAUGGCCGUACAUAUGAACGAUGAGAAUUACAUUCCCAUCGUAUGCUCAAAUCUCAAGCACCGUUGACCAUGGCUUGGCUCUGUAUCAUCUUAGCUUCGUAGUCGUCCAAAAGCGCGAGGAAAUGGUUCCUUCGCCAGGACGAAAUCCAUGAAAUGCCAAAUGCAUUCCGUUGCAGCUGAAUAAGUUCUUUACGUGUCACAUCCGAUUCCCGUGCCAAUUUCUCGACGUUUUCAUUGACAUAAGCGCGGAAGUAGGCCGGAUCGUCAGAAUUGAUCGUGACCUUGACACCGCGGCGGAGAAGAGUGAGGAUUUCGCGGCCCUUGAAAUCCGAAGUCACAACGGAAUUGGACACUGGACAGCAAGUCAAUCCGAUGUUCUUGGAUAUGAUGGUUUCGAUCAGCGACUCAUCCUCGACAAUGUUGGUCCCAUGAUCGAUACGGUCAACUUGAAUUUCGUUGAUACAUUGACGGAUG